AUGGCUCCCCUCGCAAUCAUCCCAGGCCCUGUGAAGAUCCAGAUCCCUAAGCUUCCUUCUGGAGGGGUUAGAGGCUUCAUCCCAUAUCUGUCAGCCCACCCUGACACCCCAGUCGAAGAACUCCUCGAGCCCUACAAGGCAUAUGAGAACGAACUACGCAAGGUCUAUGCCCAAGAGCCCUCCCACGAGGUCGUCAAAGACCCCAAUGUCAACCUCGUCCCCAUUUUUGCUGGUCAUGAGCAGGAGCUCAAAAUCCGAGCCAGGUCUCUGGACGAGGAAUCCGAUGAGGAAAUGUCAAAGUAUAUCAUGGCAUUGGGCAAAGAUGAGCGCAAGCCCUCUGGUGCUCCGGCGGUUGUCUCGUCCUUCAAGGAUUUUCAACAGAAUUUCAACCUGUUUUCCGAGUCAUCGCUGGCCGACCUUGAUUGGAGUAACGUCGUUGCCGCUGGAAGUUCGGUCACCACUGCCAUGCUUCCUAUCCCCGAAGGACGGGCACACAGCAAGAAGAGCAUGCGUGAAUACUACCACGAGCAUCUCGCCCCUGCUAGUGAUGUUGAUCUCUUCCUAUACGGCUUGAACGAGGAGGAAGCUAUGGAAAAGAUAGAGCAAAUCGAGCGCUGCAUCCAGGACAGCAUUCUUCAUGAAGUUACGACUAUUCGAACCAAGAAUGCCAUCACUAUCGCAAGUCAAUAUCCUACCCGCCAUGUCCAGAUUGUCCUCCGUCUUUAUGAUUCCAUAUCUCAGAUCAUCACCGGCUUUGAUGUUGAUUGCGCCUGUGCUGCCUAUGAUGGUAAACAAGUGUAUGCGGCCCCAAGGGCUAUCGCCGCCUUCAUGACCCAAUGCAAUACAAUCGAUCUCAACCGACGCUCACCGUCGUACGAGAACCGUCUCUCCAAGUAUAGCCGCCGUGGGUUCGAAGUCUAUUGGCCAGCUUUAGACCGAACCCGCAUUGAUCCCACGAUUUUCGAGCGGACUUUCGGUCGCACCCAAGGGCUUGCUCGACUCCUGAUUUUGGAAAAGCUUCCGAAGGCUGCUGAUCGUGAUUCUUACAUGGACAAACGCCGCAAGGAGCGUGGAAGACCGGCUAUUAAUCGCUGGCGCUUUAACUCUCGAAACAGUGGUAAUAUCAAGGAGCAGGAAGAAGAUGACGUUGCUGAAUGGGUUGAGCAAGAGGAAGUUGCUUCGUACCAUACCAUGACUGUCCCAUAUGGUCCAAAGUACCAUGCAGCCAACAUCAAUCGCUUGCUGUACGCCAAAGAUCUGUUGCUCAAUGCGGAAUGGAAUCAGCCCAAGGAUCGCGAGGUCUAUUUACAUAGGCAUCCCUGUUUCUUCGGUAAUGCUGCGGAAGUCAUGGAGGAUUGCUGCGGAUACUGCCCAGUUCCGAAGACAGAUGAAGAAAUAGAAGUCGCUGAAGAAGAGAGCAAGACAUAUCUCUCCGGAGAACUUAGAUUUCUCAAGGAUGAUCCGGGCCGGCAGGAAAUUGGAAGUUUCAACCCCAUCACAGACGAUGAAUGGACUACCAUGGCGUACGUUGGAGACACCGCACGCCUUUGCCAAGCAAUUUCGGACGGUGACCUGGAGCACGUCGAGGACUGGUGUGGGCAAGAAGGCGUAGAUGUUAACUGUCGGGACUACACUGGGCGAACCCCUCUACACCUAGCAACUAUGACCUCCACGCCUGAAAUUGUUCAAUGUUUGAUUGACAAUGGCGCCCGGUUGACCGCUAGACUCGUGGACGGCAGAACUGCUUUGCACAUUGCUGCUGCACGCGGAAGUACAGCAAUGGUCGCAGCACUCAUGGAUAAGAGCUUAGAGAAUGAAGAGGAAGAAGAUGAGAAGAAGGAGGCUCGACACAAGGCUAAGCGGGCUGAACGGGCUAGUAAGGGUCGCAACACCCAGGAUACGGAACAGGAAGAUGUUGAUAUGGACGAUGCAAGCUCGGAAGCUUCUGAGAUCACUCUGGACAGCGACGAUGAUUCGGAUGCUAUGACCAUGGGCUCCUUCGUUAAAGUGGACAAAGAACACCCGAAGGAGGAUGAGGUUCUCGAAGACUCUCCAGAUAGCCCCGAUGUCUAUGAUGUUGAUGUCAUUGCUUGGGACCACGGUCUUUCUCCUCUUCAUUUCGCCAUCCUCAAUGGACACCUGGAUGUCAUUGAGCUUCUCGUCUCAGAAUAUGGAUCGGAUGUCCUGAUACCCGUCAAGCUCACUGAUCCGUACAACAAUAGUCCUCGUGCAGCAAUCAUGACACUCGUCCUUACCAUGUCUCUCCCAGCUGAGAAGGCAAAGCAAGUAGCAAAGCUUCUUCUGAAACUCGGUGCGACGUCGGCUCAGGGAGAUAUGAAACGUAUCACCGCGCUUCACUAUAUUGUCGCUGGAGGCAACAAGGAUAUUUUAAACGUUCUGUUUUCGGAUGAUCGACCGGCAGCGCUCAGUGUUAUCAACAAUGUCGGAUCGUCCAACGAAUAUUUCUCGCAGAUUGCAGCGCCGCUCAUUACUGCUAUUGAUAAAGGGGAUGGUGAUAUGGUUUCAACAUUGCUCCAGGCCGGAGCAAAACCCUCUAUCGAGUUUGACGACUGGGUCAAGACCUAUCUAGCUGUCUAUCGCUUGGCGAAGCAUCUCAACUCGGAAGAAACUAAGACACGAUUCCACAGUCAAGUAACUCAGCUAGUUGUUAAGGCGGCAGACAACUUUAUGGGCUCGACAGUUGAUGAACUCAUCAAAUAUGGUGCCGAUAAAGCCUCAUGCUCACCGAUGACACAUUUAAUCAUCCAAGACCACCAGCGCGGCAAUUAUCAGCGCGGCGAAUUUCUCUUAGAUAUCAUUCGGAAGAAUCUCAAAGAACUGAGAGAAUAUGAGGAACCAUACCACCAUGGCCAACAGAAACCGGAGAAACUUCAGGAUCAAGAAGUUUAUACUCGUGGCAUUCCCGAAGGCACCUACCAGUACUUCAAUGCACUGGAAGAUUUCAGGAACCAAGAACAAGCCAACAAGAGGGCCUGGGGCUGGUAUGAGGAGUCCCUGAAAUCAAACAUCCAGAAAGGGGCAAAGGAGAAAAGUGCAGCAAUAGCAGAAGUGAUCAAGGAGCUAGAAAAUACCGAGAGAUUGUUAAUCAAGGCUGGUGCUGAAUCCUUCUACGAAAAGUAUCCCAAAAUCACGAAGUACAACGAUAAUCAACGCAGCUAUCGCUACACGCCCCCAGAAGUAAAGCCCUAUGAAACAUCCGUGACUUUUAUAGUCCCGGACUUGACGGACGCCAACAAAGAUAGAUAUCUCAAACUCUUCGAGGCCGCGUGGGUUGGUGAUUCGGAUACCGUUAAGGCAAUGACUUUGACUCCAUUCUCCAACGCCGAUGGGGCUUCAUCCGAUGCUCCGUUGAAAAUUGCUGUCCAAGAUGCCAAGCAGUUCAGCCCAUUUUCAAUUGCUGUGCUAAGAGGCCACUUCGACCUAGCAAAGACUAUCAUCGAAAUAUGCAUGGCUCAAUACCACAAGGAUGAUAGCAAGACACAGCGCCAACGCUGGAGCAUGCAAAUCCACGAAAGCGAAGACGAGUACUCCGACGAAGAAUCAGAAGAUGAACAUAUUCUUCCUAUAUUCAGCGAAUUAAUCAGUGAUGACUUCACCAUCGAUAAUUUAGGAGAAGUUUCGAAAGCUGUCAAAAGUGACGUCUUGCCAUUGACGAUGAUUGAGUGGAGGUGCUACUCCCAAAGAUUCCUGGAUCCAGCAGACCCGAACCGUGGCGCGUUUCACGCUGGGGGUGGCGUAUUAGAGUAUGCCGUUGCCGCGAACGACAUUAAGCUUCUGAGAUUUAUCAUCGAGCUCGGAGCAGAGCAAAAAGCUCGUCUUGCUGAGGAACAUGAUGAUCCAAGAUCAUACACCAUCCAGCCUUCCGCGUUUAUGUUGGCAAUCCAACUUGGCCGCACGGAAAUGCUCGCUGAAAUGAUUAAAACCACAGGCGUCGGUAUCCCUUUGAACGCACUCGUCGAGAAGAGUGGAGUGGAACUCAAGACAAAACCAAAAUACUACCAGGGAUUGUCAGUGGGAGGGAAGAAGCGUGCAGAUUGGGCCCAGGCGCCAGACGACAAUGUUCAAGUCACUGAAGAGAAGAUCCCUCCUUUGCUCCGGGCUGCUCACCUUGGCAGCGUGGAGUCGGUUGAAUGGUUCAUGAGUGAUGCCCCUCUACGGAGAUACAAGGAAUUCGCUGAAAAGAAUAAGAAUGAUAAGCGAAUCAAGGUUUUGGACGGGGCUGGAAAAGGCUUUGACAGCACCAUCGGAUCCUGGUUAACUACCAAGAGCGAACUUGUCCUUCAUGCCGCCAUUCUCCACAAAGUCGCCAAAGACGAGACCGAUAAACAUCUGGCUCUAAUCAAACACCUCAUUUCUAUAGCCCCCGAAGCUCUCGAGCAAAAAACAAUCGAGGGCUGGACCCCCCUCCAUCAGGCAGUCUGGCUUGACCGUGAAGAUCUCGUUGCCUAUUUCCUCUCUCUUGGAGCCAACCAACGUCAGCGCGAUAAGCGUGGAAGAAACAUGAUACACAGCAUGGUCACCGCUAAGUGGGAGACUAAUAGCAACCCCAAGACCGACAUUCAGAAGCUGCAAUGCAUGCUUGAACUAUUUGACAAAGAAGCUGUUAAGGCUAUGCUCGUUGAGCGUGGCACUACUGAUUCUGGGGCGUAUACACCUUUAGCAUCGUGGAUGGCUAUGAAUACCAAUUACAAGAAAUCUGAUUUCAUGGCUGUUUUGAGCCGCUAUUCUUCUGGGGAGGAAUUGGAGAUGAUUAAUGGAGAAGGAGAGCUGCCCUUGCAUGUGGCUGUUAAACAAGGGUUUGGCGAUAUUAUCUCCCACCUCAUCUCACUCAACCCUGCACUCCUAUACCGUGAAAAUACAACUGGUCGCACGCCUCUCGAAAUGUCCAAUGAAAUCUACCUCGCCUCCUGCGUUGAAAACCCACCAGAGAUCUGGAACCUGCACUACAACAACCAACCAAUCAUCCGAAAGUCGGCUAGUAGCUUUGUUGAAGAAGACGACGUAGUCGAGCAGGGCAAAAAGCGAACUUGGGAAAUCUGUGAUGCUGCAGAUAAAGAAUAUCGCAAGAAUACUGAAGAGCAGAAUCCAAAGAGGAGACUUGUUAGCUUGUUUGAGGCUAAGGAGGUUGCGGAGCGCGUGAAGGGUUACGGGAGUAGGUACGCCGGCUCGCAGGUUGUUGUCAAUGGAGGUGUUGUUUAUGCCGAGGAGAAACCGGAUCCCGUUGGCCAAUGGUUGAGGGAUAUGUGA